AUGGAGAACAACGCGAGCAGCGAGCGGGGGAAGAACCAGCCCUCGUCGACAGCCGCUGCAACGGAUAGCGCAGGCGUUGCCUUUGACGCGCACAUUUACGGCGAGACGCCGGCGGCGCAUUACGUGACAGAAAUCGAUGCAGAGACGCCUUUAGUCGCUCAAGAUGGCGGCUCUUCGGCCCUCGCGGCGUCCCGCGGGAGCCGCGGCGGCCAGCGCGCAGCCGAAGACAGCGCGCGUAUCGCCGAGCGGGAGCGCAUGCUCCUUGCUCAGCAGGGCGAUGGGUUCCAAGAAGGGACGGGGGCCGUGGAAAAGUCGAUUGCAGCCCGUGAGGACUUCUACCGCCGCCAGCGCUUCCAGCGGCCGCUUUCUCCCGAGCGCGCGGAUCCCUUCUCCGACGGCGAUUUAGGCACUGAGUCGCGCGGGGGCGAGAGCGCUCGUACGUACGCGGACGUCAUGUUGGAGCAGCACUUGGAUCGCGAGAAGCACGCGGCCGUCCGACAAAUCCGCAAACUGCAGGAGGACGCGGAGCUCCAGAGGCAGCUCCAGAUGCAGAAGGGACAACUCGGCGCGGGCGACGGCUCUGAAAAGAAGCGCAGAAGGUGGGACUGGAGCACCGCUGGGGCCGAGGGCGUCGAAGACGGCCUCACGGAGGCCGAGCGCCAGGAACUCGCGCGGGCGAAAGCGCGCGGCGCGAAGGGCGAGGAGGGAGCUGCGGCCGCAGCCGCCGCGCUGGUCAGUCGCUGGGAUACGCCGUUGCAGGCAGGCGGACAGACGCCCGGCGCGUGGGGAGAGACGCCGCUCGUCGCAGGAAGCGACGGGACCCGAGAAGGCGCAGGAGCUGGGCGAGCCGGCGCGGUUCCGGGCAAGAAGAAGAGCCGAUGGGAUGCGACGCCGACGAUCGGAGGCACGGGCCAGGAGACUCCCACGCCGGGGCAGUGGGGGACAACCCCUGCAGUCAACCAAGCAGGGACUCCGAUCCUCGCCGGCGCAGGCAGCGUCACUCCCAUGGCCUCUGGCUCGGGCAGCGUGACUCCGAUGAUCGCUCCAGGCUCGCAAACGCCCAUCAUGGGGCGAAAGAGAAGUCGCUGGGACGCGACUCCCGUGCUGGGCGGCUCGGAUGCUGACAUGGCGGCGGCUGCAGCUGCGGGGCUGACUCCUGGAGCCUCGACGCCCAUGACAGGCGGCGCAGGCAUGACGCCCGGAAAGGACGGGAGCACUCCGAUGACGAGUCAACUGACUCCUGGAAUGACGCCACUAGCGGUCACGGGAAUGGCAGGCGCGACUCCGUUGACUCCCGGGACGCCGAUCUCGACAGCCGAGCAACUUCUCCAGCUCCGCAUGCAGCAAGAGCAGGACGAGCGCACGCGGUACAUGACCGACGAAGAGCUGGAUCGGCUGCUCCCCAAAGAGGGUUACGAAAUUGUCCCUCCACCUGCAGACUACAACCCGCCCCCGUCGUCUGCGGCUGCAGCCGCGGCUCGAGCGCGGCACCAAGCCAUUGGAAUGACCCCGGGCGUGGCUGCGACGCCGACGCCGAUUGGCGUGACGCCUCUGUACACGAUGCCUGAGGAGGGAGUGAUUCCUGGCGGCAUGGAGGGCCUCAUGACGAUGGGGGGCGGCAUCGGCGGCCAGCUGACGGCUGAGGGAGGCGGCGUGACGAUGAAGGCUGAAGAUUAUCAGUUCUUCGCGAAACUCUUUGAAGACAAAGACGAGGAAACUAUGACACAAGAGGAGGUGAAGGAGCGUAAGAUUCAGCUGUUGCUUUUAAAGAUCAAGAACGGCACGCCUCCACUGCGCCGAUCUGCACUGCGCACGCUGACGGAGAAGGCCAAGGAAUUCGGCGCCGCCGCACUGUUCAAUCAGAUUCUCCCCCUCAUGAUGCAGAGCACCUUAGAAGACCAGGAACGGCAUCUGCUAGUUAAAGUUAUCGAUCGCGUGUUGUACCGACUGGAUGACGCUGUUCGACCGUACGUCCACAAGAUUCUCGUCGUCAUCGAACCUCUUCUUAUUGACGAGGACUACUACGCGCGCAUUGAGGGCCGAGAAAUCAUCUCCAACCUUGCGAAGGCGGCUGGUCUCGCGACGAUGAUUGCCACCAUGCGUCCUGAUAUCGAUCACCCGGAUGAAUACGUUCGCAAUACAACCGCCAGAGCCUUCGCCGUCGUGGCGUCUGCGUUGGGGAUUCCCUCCUUGAUCCUGUUCCUGAAGGCCGUGUGUCAGUCGAAGAAGUCGUGGCAAGCGCGCCACACGGGCAUCAAGAUCAUCCAGCAGAUGUCCAUUCUGAUGGGGUGUGGGGUCCUCCCCCAUCUGAAGCAGCUAGUGGAAAUCAUCCAGCAUGGGCUCGACGAUCAGGUGUUGAAGGUGAAGACCGUCACGGCCCUGGCUCUUGCAGCCUUGGCCGAGUCUGCAGCGCCGUACGGUAUCGAAGCCUUCGACAGUGUCCUUAGGCCUCUUUGGAAGGGUAUGGGCGAAAUGCGAGGGAAAGGUUUGGCGGCGUACUUGAAAGCGAUUGGUUCCAUUAUCCCCCUUAUGGACGCCUACCACGCGAGCUACUAUACACGAGAAGUUAUGGUCAUGCUGGUUCGCGAAUUCGAAACCAACGAUGAAGAAAUGAAAAAAAUCGUCCUAAGAGUCGUCCGACAAUGCGUCGCUACAGAAGGUGUGGAAAGCGACUACAUACGGACAGAUAUCGUUCCUCCGUUCUUCGCGAAAGUCUGGCUGGUGCGUAACGCACUCGACCGCCGCACGGCGAAGCUCUUGAUUGAGACUGUCGUGGAAAUUGCCAACAAAGCAGGAGGCGCCCACAUCAUUCAGCAGAUUGUCGAAGACCUGAAAGACCCAAGUGAACCGUUCAGAAAAGUCACUUUGGAGGCCUUGGAACAGAUCAUUGUGAAUAACGGCGUUCUCGACGUCGACAACCGCCUGGAGGAGCAGCUGGUGGAUGGGCUCCUGUACGCCUUCCAGGAGCAGACGUCGGAGGACGCGACGGCGCUGUUGAACGGCUUCUCAACCAUCGUUAACGCGCUGGGCACACGCAUCAAGCCUUACCUGCCUCAGAUUUGCGGUGUUAUCCGUUGGCGUCUCAACACGCCGAGUGCGAAGCUGAGGCAACAAGCGGCAGACCUCAUUGCGCGCAUUGCCGUCGUCAUGCAGAAGUGUGGGGAGGAGCAGAUGCUUGGCCAUUUGGGGCUGUUCCUUUACGAGUAUCUUGGAGAAGAGUAUCCGGAGGUUCUGGGUAGCAUUUUGGGUGCCCUCAAGGCGAUUGUGAAUGUUAUCGGCAUGAACAAAAUGACGCCUCCCAUCAAGGACUUGCUUCCGCGUCUCACGCCGAUUCUCAAGAACCGCCACGAGAAGGUCCAAGAGAAUGUUAUUGACCUUGUGGGGCGCAUUGCCGAUCGAGGCGGGGACUUGGUGUCCCCCAAGGAGUGGGAUCGCAUCUGCUUUGACUUGCUGGAUAUGCUCAAGGCGAGCAAGAAAGCGAUUCGACGCGCUACCGUGAACACUUUCGGCUACAUUGCGCGAACCAUUGGUCCCCAGGAUGUACUCGCUACGCUGCUGAACAACUUGAAGGUACAGGAGCGCCAACUGCGUCUGUGCACGACAAUCGCCAUCGCGAUUGUGGCAGAAACGUGUCUGCCGUAUUCGGUGCUUCCGGCCUUGAUGAAUGAGUAUCGCGUGCAGGAGCUAAAUGUGCAGAAUGGCGUCCUCAAGACGCUUUCCUUCAUGUUUGAGUAUAUCGGAGAAAUGGCCAAGGACUACAUCUACACCGUUGUGCCGUUGCUCGAAGACGCCCUCAUGGACAGAGACCUCGUCCACAGGCAAACGGCUGCUUGGGCUACCAAGCACUUGGCGCUCGGUGUCCAUGGUCUCAGCUGUGAAGACGCACUGCUGCAUCUGAUGAACUUUGUGUGGCCAAACAUCUUUGAAAAAUCGCCGCAUCUUGUUCAGGCUUUCUUCGACGCUGUUGACGGCAUGCGAGUUUCACUCGGUGCGGGCAUUGUCUUUCGAUACGUCCUUCUCGGUCUGUUCCACCCGGCGAAGAAGGUGCGCGAAGUGUACUGGCGGGUGUACAACAACCUGUACAUUGGCCAUCAAGAUUCGAUGGUUGCUUUCUACCCUCCCCUUCCGGACGACGAUAAGGGUUGCUAUUCUCGAGAUGAACUACUCUAUGUUAUUUAG